GUAUUAGGACCGCUCGUCCGUACGUCAGCUGACGGCCCAGCCAAUUAUAUGUCGCCGCCGCACUGUUUGGCCCACAGCUUCUUCAGCUUGUUGCGAAAACGGAUGUCUCUGCCGUGAGCAGGCCCGCGUCUGAAAACCCAGACAGACGGUCACAUAUCAGCGGAGAGUCAACUACACUCGAGCACGUCGGUCCGAACAGCAGCAGCAGCAGCAGCAGAGCAAGAUGGAGUGUGAGUGGAAGCCAGACGAGCAAGGACUCCAGCAGAUUUUACAGCUUCUGAAAGAGUCUCAGUCUCCAGAUACGUCCACACAGAGAUCCGUCCAGCAAAGACUCGAGCAACUCAACCAGUUUCCAGACUUCAACAACUAUUUAAUAUUUGUUUUGACAAAGUUAAAAUCAGAAGAUGAGCCAACACGGUCCCUGAGUGGGCUGAUACUGAAGAACAAUGUGAAGGCCCACUAUCAGAACUUCCCCAAUGGUGUGUCUGAUUUCAUCAAGAGCGAGUGUCUCCAGAACAUUGGAGACUCUUCUCCCCUUAUCCGGGCCACUGUGGGUAUCCUCAUCACCACGAUUGCCUCCAAAGGAGAAUUACAAAACUGGCCAGAGCUCCUGCCUAAGCUCUGCCUGCUGCUGGAUUCUGAGGACUACAACACGUGUGAGGGAUCGUUUGGAGCCCUGCAGAAGAUCUGUGAAGACUCUGCUGAGAUCCUGGACAGUGACAUGCUGGACCGUCCCCUCAACGUCAUGAUCCCCAAGUUCUUACAGUUUUUUAAGCACAACAGUCCUAAGAUUAGGUCUCAUGCUAUCGCCUGCGUCAAUCAGUUCAUCAUCAGCAGGACUCAGGCCCUGAUGCUGCACAUCGACGCUUUCAUCGAGAACCUGUUUGCUCUGGCGACAGAUGAGGAACCAGAAGUGAGGAAGAACGUGUGCAGAGCUCUGGUCAUGCUGCUGGAGGUUCGUCUGGACCGGCUCCUGCCACACAUGCAUAACAUCAUCGAGUACAUGCUACUGAGGACUCAGGACCAAGAUGAAAACGUUGCCUUGGAAGCCUGUGAGUUCUGGCUAACUCUGGCCGAGCAGCCGGUGUGUAAGGAAGUGCUGUGUGGACACCUCUCCCAACUCACUCCGGUGCUUGUCAACGGGAUGAAGUACUCUGAGAUUGACAUUAUUCUGCUCAAGGGCGACAUUGAAGAAGACGAGGCAAUUCCUGACAACGAGCAAGACAUCCGUCCGCGCUUCCAUCGGUCACGCACAGUUGCCCAACAACAUGAGGGCGAUGGGAUUGAGGAAGACGAAGAUGACGAUGACGAACUGGAUGAUGAUGAUACUAUUUCUGACUGGAACUUGCGCAAGUGUUCGGCGGCAGCACUGGAUGUGCUGGCCAACGUCUUCAGGGACGAUCUGUUGCUGCACAUUCUGCCCCUCCUCAAAGAGCUGCUCUUCCAUCCAGAGUGGGUGGUUAAAGAGUCCGGCAUUCUCGUGCUGGGAGCUAUAGCUGAAGGUUGUAUGCAGGGCAUGAUCCCGUACCUGCCCGAGCUCAUUCCCCACCUCGUCCUGUGUUUAUCUGAUAAGAAGGCCCUGGUGCGUUCAAUCACCUGCUGGACACUGAGCCGCUACGCCCACUGGGUGGUCAGCCAGCCUCCAGACGUUUACCUGAAGCCCCUAAUGACGGAGUUGCUCAAACGUAUUCUGGACAGCAACAAGCGUGUGCAGGAGGCUGCUUGCAGUGCCUUUGCCACUUUGGAGGAGGAGGCUUGUACAGAGCUGGUGCCCUACCUGGCAUUCAUCCUCGACACGCUGGUGUUUGCUUUCAGCAAGUACCAGCACAAGAACCUGCUUAUUCUUUAUGAUGCCAUUGGAACGCUGGCCGACUCAGUGGGACACCAUCUGAAUAAACCGGAGUACAUCCAGAUGUUGAUGCCGCCACUGAUCCAGAAAUGGAACCAGCUCAAAGAUGAAGACAAAGACCUUUUCCCUCUGUUAGAAUGUUUGUCGUCAGUAGCCACUGCCCUGCAGAGCGGCUUCCUGCCCUACUGUGAGCCUGUGUAUCAACGCUGUGUCAACCUGGUCCAGAAAACCCUCGCUCAAGCCAUGCUUUAUCAGUCACAGCCUGACCAGUAUGAAGCCCCCGACAAAGACUUCAUGAUCGUGGCUUUGGAUCUUCUCAGUGGACUCGCUGAGGGUUUGGGAGGAACCAUUGAGCAGCUGGUUGCUCGUAGCAACAUCCUCACACUCAUGUAUCAGUGCAUGCAGGACAAAAUGCCAGAAGUGCGCCAGAGUUCAUUUGCUCUGCUGGGAGAUCUGACCAAGGCUUGUUUCCAGCACGUCAAACCAUGCAUCGCUGAUUUUAUGCCCAUACUGGGUACUAAUUUGAACCCAGAGUUAAUAUCAGUGUGCAACAAUGCGACAUGGGCAAUUGGAGAGAUAGCUGUACAAAUGGGGCCCGAAAUGCAGCCGUACAUUGCCAUGGUGCUGCACCAGCUGGUAGAGAUCAUUAACAGACCCAAUACUCCAAAGACUCUGCUGGAAAACACAGCAAUAACAAUUGGUCGUCUUGGUUACGUUUGUCCUCAAGAGGUGGCACCCAUGCUACAGCAGUUUAUAAGACCCUGGUGCUCCUCACUACGAAAUAUAAGAGACAAUGAGGAGAAAGACUCUGCGUUCAGAGGAAUUUGCACUAUGAUCAGUGUAAAUCCAGGAGGUGUAGUGCAGGACUUUAUAUUCUUCUGUGACGCAGUGGCCUCCUGGGUAAAUCCAAAGGAGGAUCUCAGAGACAUGUUCUAUAAGAUCCUUCACGGGUUUAAGAACCAGGUGGGAGAGGACAACUGGAGACGAUUCUCAGACCAGUUCCCGUUGCCACUGAAGGAGCGGCUGGCAACCUUUUACGGGGUCUAACUGUUUCCCUGGCAGUGUGCCUCAUCACUGGGGUUAUUCACUUUGGGAGACAAAAUGGGGAACCUCUUUUACCCAGGGAACAUGUUACCCUUUACUGGGGGGAAGGGUCUGCCUGCUGAGGGGAGGGAAGGGGUUCGGGCCCCUCCCCGACCUGGUGGACGGGGUGGGAGGGAGGUGGUAGCUGCAGUGCUCAGAGCCCCAAUGCACAGGCAAAUGGGGGAAAGGGACAGGCAGAACAACUUAAUCGUGGGAGGAAAAUUCAUGUAAUCACAUCUUACUCAGAAAUAAUGACAUUUCUGUUUCUUCUUCUUUUUUUUUUUUCUCUAUAUUUCUUCCCCUAACUCUUCACUUUCUGUCAGUUGAACUACUGAAAAAGAAAUGCAAGCUAAUGCGGAGCAAAAGCUCUGCAAAACUCCGUGAAGCGUUUGCUCUUUCAUUUUGGCUAGAUGACGAGUUUUUCUUAAAUUGAGAGGUUUGUGCAGAAAAGAGCAGUUACACGUUCAUGACCAUGUCAGGCUGGUAAAUGGCAUGUUUAAUGAAAUAGCAUUUGACCACUGGAACAAAAGAGCGUUCACCUUGAAAACUUGCUAAGUUGGCAGUUCGUUAAGAGACAUUUUCUUUAUAAAGACAACGGUAGCUUAAAGGUUAAGGAUCAGCAGCUAAAAUAAUGAAUAUCACAAAGAACAAGAUCAUUUCAGUGUUCCUAUUCUUUAGCUGUUAUUUCUGUCACUGGAGAGCACAAGAUUUUCUUUUACGGGCAGCUUUUCUGAGAAUAGGUAGCAUGCUUGUAUCAUUGUGAAAAGCUGUUGGAUAUUAGUGAUGUGUGUUGCGUUCGACAGCUGUCAUUCCCCUGUAGUAAGGCUCUUCUUUGACCUCAUACGUUCGAUCCAUUCGCAGUACUUUUUGUUUCCUCUACCAGAUAAUUACAGCAAUCGGCUGUAGCGUAGCAUGAUGGCUUUUUUUUGGCACCAAAAUGAGAGGUGUUCAAAUAAAAAAAAUAAAAAGAGUCUUGGCUGUGAUGUAACGGUGCUGUGAAUGCCGCAGUAUUGGUCUCGUGGUGUGGAUGUGACACGGACAUUCAUAUCAAAGCUUUAGACGCUCACAAUCCUUUGUACUGUCUGAGCCUUGAGGAGGAGAGAUGAGGAAGCAGAAGCACACAGUUGAUGUUGUCCUGUGAGUCGCUCAUUAUCUUCUGUUCCUUUGGAUUUAAAAAAAACACAACAACACUAAACCCGUCAAAGUGAUGUUCAGUGACUUUUGGCUAUUAGAACCUCGCAGCUCAUCGAAUCAGUGUUGGAUAUGUUUAUUUCUCAGUGUACUGAAGUUUUCUGAUUAGUUGUUUGGCUUCUUGUGCUCAAAGCAUGAUCUUGAGGAUGAGUGUGUAAUGUUUUGGGUGGUUGUGCUUCGUGGGGUACUUGGAUGCUUUCGUCUCUUGCAUGUUGGUGGCCCCUCACACCCCAACAUAUAGUGGGAGGUGGGGAUAAUGGGAGGGAGGGGAAGCUUCAAAUUAAGGUUUAAAAAGUACAUAAACAGUAAGCAUUGUAGGUAUUAUAACUCUGGGACAGUCCUAAUGUCACAUAAACCCUGCUGGAGUGUUCUCCCUUAACUUUUACCCCAUAGCUGGAUGUAAAGUUUUUAAAAACUGUGAAACUACAAUGUCGAUUGUCUUUUGUUGUUUUUGCGCUGUUAUAUUUAAUUAAGUGUGUAAGUGUUUAAGUUACAGACAUAGGCUGAAUGUAUUCCAUGAUGGGUUGGAGAGUGAGGAUUUUUGUCUUUUUUUAAAAAUUUAAUUUAAUUUUUUUUUAAUGCCCAGCCAGUCAUUUUUCCUCUGCUGGCCAGAGUAAUAACUGCAGUAUUUUAACAUGACAUGCACUUAAAAAUUAAAUCUCAUGCGCUUGAAAUAAAUAAUUGUAGCCAAAUCCUUGAUAAUAUUAUGACGUAUUAGGGCCAAACUGAAGAGAGAGAAAAUAAUAGUUUUUAUAAAUUAUAUAAUUAACAAUUAAUUAUAUAAUUUUACAAGAAUAAAGUUGUAAUAUUAUGAGAAUAAAGUGAUAAUUUUACUAGAAUGAAGUUGUUAUAUUAUGAGAUUCUUUUUUUAUCAUUAUCUAAUUAAAUGUAUUAUUAUUACGUAGCAACAGAACGCACAAAAGAGAUAAUUAACUCCAAGUCGGUGUGAUUCUUUCUUCCCAACAGACUCAGUGUCUUGCACAAAGUCCUGAUGCUAAAGAUAAUGUGGUGCUAAUGUGCCAAAAAAUAUUAAGUAUUUCUUUAUUUGUGAAGCCCCAAUCAAAAUGUAACUUCAGGAAAUGGUCCACGUUUCUCAUCUUGACACAGGUUGCAGCUGAUUAUCUGAGAUUUUGCUUGAAUAAUAAUUAGGAAUUUAUUCUCAAAAAAAUGCCUUCAGUUUGGCCCGAAAACUCCAUCGUAUCAUAUGACCCUGGUGUGAACACAGAUCAUUAAUAAAAUGAUGCUGCUAAAAUGUAUUUACUUAAUGCAAUAAUUAAUGAGUAGUAAGUAUAUAAUCUAUCUUGAUGCAAUUGGGUUAUUAGACUUAAAGAGUAGUUUAGUUUUCUCUGAUAAACAAUGUGAAAUAUAUACCGUAACCAAGUCUAUUACAUUUAUUGUGAGUGAAGCAAAUGGCGGUGAAACACAGGAUAUAAAUGCAUCAUGGAAUACAGAGGCAAAUACGUACAUGUGCCACGUCAUUUUGUGUUUUGAAGUGAUCGUUGUCCGUCACAUUCCAGCUGUUUGGCAUGCUAAAACAAAUAGGCUAAUCACAGCUUGAUUUGGGGGGGCGUGCGUUAGUGUACAUUUGUGUGUGUCCACUGUCCUGCCGGUCGUUCAUUUGAGAGAAUGUCGGUCUAUGAAACACAUGAAACGAACCCCAGCCCCGCUGUGCUGUAUUUAUGACUCGACUGCUGCUAUACAUUGUAGUUGUGUUUCACUACUUGAAAAUGUGUUUUUCCUAUGUGUUUACCUCAGGUCGUCUGUAAUUCAGUGUUAAUUGUUUUCAUCGUUCUGCCCCUCAAUGUGUACACCUUUAUUCACAUCCUCAACAGCUAAUGAUAAGUGAAUCUUCUGCCCUUCUUUCUUAAAAAUGGGUAACCAUGGGUGUGGAUUGACGUUAGUGUUAAAUGUGUGCAGCGCCGCUAGAUGUCAAAUGUUAAAGAUAACUGCAACGCAGGAGGAAAGAGUCAUUAGGAAACUUGCACAUACUUUAAUGUAUCUUUUGUCGAAAGUGAUUGUUAUCAGACUACGGUAAUAUUCAGUGUAAUAUGUACACAAUGCCUUCAGAGCAAAUGCUUUGAGGUUUUUGUUGGUGUUUUGCAAUAGAUACACAGUACACUGUAUCUAAAGAAGCAGGUAAUGCCUCAUUUAAAAGCAAAGAAACAGGUUGUCAACUUAAGGACAUCAUGUUAUAAACAUGAUGUUUGCAGAUGUGUGUUUGACUUUCUAUGAAGCUUUACUGAAAAUUUGUAUUUUAUAAAGCAUCCACCAAUAUUGAGGAAUGUCUAGUCAAAGAACUCCUGUAUUCUCAUUUUAGCCUUCAAACUUGAUUAGACUAUCUGCCUUCAUCUUUUUUGCUGAUAAAAGCAAAAACAUCAUUUUGAUAGAUAUGGUUUUAGUUUUUUUAAUAAGCUGCUGAAUUUUAAAAUUAAUACUUAUUGGGGCCACCAAAUAUUUUGGAUCAUGCAAAGAAUCUAUAUUGUACUGUAGUAAUUUUGUAAUAUUUGUAAGAUGAUAUAGUGAGCGUGACUGGUUACCAUUGCUUGAGUCUGUACAUUGUUCCAAUAAAUUGUUUACAUUA